AUGGAGCGUUCAUUAGCGGAUAUACUUAGAGAAGAACGUCAGAUCGGUCACAAAGGAGAUGGUGAUUGGAAAGCAAUUGCUUAUAACACAGCUGCUGCCAUAUUGUCUGCACAAUUUGAUAUUAAAGUAAGUGCUGAUAACAUAAGAAAUCGUGUUAAAACCUGGAAAAGGUUUUAUGGUAUAGUCAGUGAUAUAUUAAGUCAGAGUGGAUUUAAUUGGGAUGCAACAAAGAAGAUGAUCAGUGUAGAUGAAGACAAUGUUUGGGAUGAGUACGUGAAGUCUCAUGAAGAUGCUAGAACUUUUCGAUUUAAAGUGAUUGCAAACUGGGAUGAUAUAGUGGAUUUAUGUGGCAAAGAUAGAGCUACUGGAGAGGGUGCUGAAACAUGUGCAGAAGAUGCUGAGGUUAUGACUCUUGAGAGUGAUCCCAAUAAUAUUGUUGAUUUGGAAAGUGAUACCCAAGGUUUUGAGAGUUGUCAAGUUGAUCAUGUUUCACCCAGCUCUAGUUGUCCGAAGAGAAGAAAUCAAAAUCCUUCUGAUAUUCCCCCACCAAAAAAAAAGGUACAACUAAUAUUCUUGCUGAUUCAAUGGCUAAGAUGGCUUCAUCUUUGGAACACUUUAUCAAUUCUACAACACAAAAGCUUGAUCCAACAUAAGUAUAUAAUGAAGUCAUUGCAAUUCCAAAUCUUAGUCCAGAUGAACAACUAA